CCAUUUGGUGGUAUCAAUGUUCUAUUCACUGGUGACUUUGGGCAACUGAAAGGAGCAGCUCUGCAUUACAGCCACCAACUACUCCGUCAGAUCAUGCCACAAACAAGCCAAUCAAACAAGGGCCAAGAUGCACUACUAGGCACCUGGUACUGGAAGCAGGUGAAAGAAGUGGUCAUCCUGCAAUGGAAUGUGCGCCAAAAUCAA